ACAGCUCAAUCGUUCUUUACUGGAUCUAUGGCACUAGCCAGCGGUUUAAAACUUUUGAAGCUAAUCGAAUUGCAAAGAUACAAGAUCUGAUACCACCUCAAAGAUGGAAACACGUUGAUGGUUUACAAAAUCCAGCAGACGUCGGAUCUCGUGGUAUAUUAGCAAAGGAAAUUAAAGAACACCCCCUGUGGUGGACUGGUCCAGAUUGGCUUAAGCAAAAUCAGUCGAAUUGGCCAUCGAAAUUUACUGCACCUCCUUCACUGGAAGCUCUCCAAUCGCUGGGUGUCACGAAAGACUGCUUACAACUAAAAGAGAAAGAAGAAGUUACUCUGCAAACAACGACAGAUACAGCCUCGACGGAGCCUGUGAUUGACAUUACUCUAUAUUCCAGUUACAUUCAACUCGUGAGAGUUACUGCUUGGGUAUUUCGCGUAGUCACCCGUUCAAACCUAUUCAGUUCUACACCACUAGCAGUGUCUGAACUAUCCAAAGCUAAAACUUGGUUGAUUAAACAAGCCCAAGCUCAAAUGUUCCCAAACACUAUCAAAUUGUUAAAAAAGAAAAACCCAUCACCAUUGUCGGAUCCUUUGCAAUCAUUGAAUGCCUUCUUGGAUAAAGACGGAUUAUUAAGAGUUGGUGGUCGUCUUUCGCAGUCAAUGAAAGAUUACGAAUCUCAGCAUCCACUGGUCCUUCAUGGAAAGCAUUAUCUGUCAACCUUGAUCAUACAAAGCGAACAUAAACGAUUGUGUCAUGCUGGUCCAAAGCUUAGUUUAGGAUCUCUUCAGGAUACCUAUCACAUCAUUAGUGCACGUAGAGUCGUUCGUAAGUUGAUACGUGAGUGUGUAGUGUGCAAGUGAGCAUCUCCAAAGAUAACAACUCAACUGAUGGGUCAACUUCCGUCAGCACGUGUUUUGCCCACCUUUGCCAAUGAGAGAGUCUCAGUAGACUAUGCUGGACCGUUUACACUAAAGAUAGGAUCAGUUCGAAAGCCAACGUAUCGUAAAGCCUAUGUAGCAGUUUUUGUUUGCCUCGUAACCAAGUCGUGUCACAUCGAAUUAGUAUCAGACCUCUCGGCGGAAGCAUUCCUUGCCACACUUCGACGCUUUGUUUCUCGAAGAGGAAAACCCAUGCAGAUUUGGAGCGAUAACGCGACUUGUUUUCGACGUACGGUCGGUACGGAUAAAGAUUUAAGGGAACUUUAUCGACUACUUCAAAGACCAGAUAUCAAAGAAUCUGUUAUGAACUUUUGUUCGUUCCAAGGCAUCCAGUGGAAGUUUAGCCCACCCACCGGUCCUCAUCAUGGUUCUGUUUGGGAGAACGGGGUAAAGUCUUGUAAACGGCACUUGAAGCGAAUAGUUGGGGAAACCAAACUAAACUUCGAAGAAAUGACAACCACCCUCUGCCAAAUCGAAGCCUGUCUCAACUCUCGUCCACUGAUACCUUCUCUUGAUACAAAUGAUGAUGAUGGAAUAUCUCCACUUACCCCUGGACAUUUUCUAAUUGGACGUCCUUUAGAAGCUCUACCUAGCCGCAUUUAUAAAGAGCCCAUUCUUGGUUUAAAAAGAUGGAAACUCUGUCAAGCAUUGACGCAACAUUUCUGGAAACGAUGGUCUGCUGAAUAUCUCAAUGGCUUACAACGAUUUAACAAGUGGAAAGUUCCAAAACGAAAUCUUCAACUAGAUGAUAUUGUCCUCGUUAAAGACAAUCGUACACCAACUUGUCAAUGGCCUCUUGCUCGAGUCACAAAGGUUCAUCCUGGUCCAGAUAAACUUGUUCGAGUCGUUACUGUACAAACGAAGACUGGCACCUUCAUCCGACCGAUUGUGAAGUUAUGUUUACUUCUACCAGCGAAGGAAGUGCCGAAGAAAGAUGAUGAAAUGAAGUGA